CGCCGGGGCGCAGAGCGGUCGCAACGCCGGCUGGAGCGCAGCGCGGCGCAACGCAGCUCGGCACGCACGGCGGGACCGACCCGCGAGUGGACGGGCCCGGCGGCUGGACCGGCGCCCCUGCUGCCCUGCUCGCUCGCCGUCGUCCCCAAUGAGCGCGGCCCCACGCGGCCCGGGUCCGUAGGCGGCGGGGCCCCCCCCAUGCUGCUGCAGCCCGCGCCUUGCGCCCCAAGCGCGGGCUUCCCGCGGCCCCCGGCCGCCCCCGGCGCCAUGCACGGCUCGCAGAAGGACACCACGUUCACCAAGAUCUUCGUGGGCGGCCUGCCCUACCACACCACCGACGCCUCGCUCAGGAAGUACUUCGAGGGCUUCGGGGACAUCGAGGAGGCCGUGGUCAUCACCGACCGCCAGACGGGCAAGUCCCGCGGCUACGGCUUCGUGACUAUGGCCGACCGGGCGGCAGCUGAGAGGGCUUGCAAAGACCCAAACCCCAACAUCGACGGCCGCAAGGCCAACGUGAACCUGGCAUAUCUGGGUGCCAAGCCGCGGAGCCUCCAGACGGGCUUUGCCAUCGGUGUUCAGCAGCUGCACCCCACCUUGAUUCAGCGGACUUACGGGCUGACUCCCCACUACAUCUACCCACAAGCCAUCGUCCAGCCCAGCGUGGUGAUCCCAGCCGCCCCGGUCCCGUCUCUGUCCUCGCCCUACAUUGAGUACACGCCAGCCAGCCCAGCCUAUGCCCAGUACCCACCGGCCACCUAUGACCAGUACCCGUACGCCGCCUCGCCCGCCACGGCCGCCAGCUUCGUGGGCUACGGCUACCCGGCCGCCGUGCCCCAGGCGCUCUCGGCCGCGGCGCCCGCGGGCACCGCCUUCCUGCAGUACCAGCCCGCGCAGCUGCAGCCCGACAGGAUGCAGUGAGGGCUGCCCCGCGUGCCGAGUGGGCGCUGGCCGGGAGACCCUGCGGGCCGCUGCCUGCACCGCACGCGGCCCAGAGACCACUUCUCUUUACACCCAGGCCCGUCAUGUCUUGAGGGAGGACUUUGAGAGAAAAGACUGACUGAAAGCUAUCUGAAGACCAGCCCGAAUCUCGCACACGUGCCGGCCUCUCCUGUCACCGUCCGUGCCCUCCUCCCACCCCAGGAGCCCACAGGCCGUCCCCUCAGCACCUGGCGGGGCCUCCUGGACCCUCCUGGACCCUGGCCACCCUUUAGGGUGGGUGAGCAGAAACUUUGUCCUGCUCAGAGAGGCCUUACUCCAGGGAAGCCCAGGACCUCGAAGCGCGGGGGCUGCUGACGCCCCCCGCGCAGCUGUGACCCGGGCGUGUGCCGGGGAAACGUCUGCCUCCAGGAUUCUCAUUUUCUGAACGAUGGCCCGGGGCGGCUUCCUCAAGAUCGCCAGUCUCCCAGGUGCGGCAGGGCCACCAACGACAGGGCAGGCGGCCAAAGUCCUCUCCGUUGGAGCUCGGCGACUGUUUUUCUUACUGUCGUUGUUUUGCUACUAAGAUUAUUUCCGAAUUUCAGUCUAUUUUUUCAAUGGAGACUCCCGCCACCAAGCAUCCAAAACCUGUUUCUGACUUUGAGAGACUGGCUUUUGUUGACGGCUCCGCCCAUGGAGACAAUGACAGUAUUUCUGUGAUCAAGUGUCUGUGGGCUCCAGUGCCCGAGUCCCUCAGAGUGUGGGCGUCUCCAGACAGUACGUCGUCUCAAGCUUGGCCCCCUCCCCACAACUGCGACAGGGACGUGGGUUGAGGCCCAGAGUGCAGGGCCAUUCCCCCCACCUCCCCAGGGUCACCUGCUGUGUGCCAGCCUGAGCCACGGGGUUGAGCUGAGACCCCUCUUCUGCCUUCCUCGGGGGCUCAGUGGAGAUAGGGGGGUGGUGGCAGUUCUGGCACACCAUGGGGAGGCCUUCGGGGGCCCGCCCUGGAGGAGGAGGGGAGAAUGAGAUGAGGGCGGGCGGCCUGGCAGAGGGGCCGGGCAGAGGGAGUUUGGGGAGCGCGGGCCGGAAGGUCGGGGGGCGCUGGGGGUACUCCUCCAGACCUACCUCAGGGAAGUGGGAGGCCUCAGGGCUGACUGACGCGGGCAGGCGCUUCGUGGCACACCUGGUGCAGAGUCAAGGCCCAGAAAAUAAAGGUAGCUAAUAUUAUUAUAAUAUUUUUAUUAGAAUGUUCUGAUUAUAAAAAUAAAACUUGUUUUCUUUAAAGAAAAA